UUUUAAACACAGCCCAACUGUUCACACUCUCUUUACCACCAAUCCAAAUAACAGAAUCAACCUUGACGGUUUAGAUUUAUCACCACACCCACAAACACAACAUUCAAGAUGCGUUUCUCCGUUGCCACCGUUGCCCUCUUCGCCAGCCUCGUUGCUGCCAUCCCCCAGGAUGUCGAGACCGUCUACCAGACUGAGGAUGUGACCAUCAUCUCUUGCGCUCCCACCGUCACCAACUGCCCUGGACGUGUCCACUCGACCUCCACCCCCGAGGCUGUCGCUGCUACCACUACUGAGGGCGUCUCUCCCGUUGCUACCACCACCUCCGUUCCCGAGGUCCCUGCUUCCUCCGUCACUGAGCAGCCCACUUCCUCUGUCCCCGAGGGUGCCUCCGCCGCUGGUACCACCGCUGCUCCCCAGGCUCCCGCUGGCAGCUCCCCCGCCGGUGGCUCCCCUGCUGGUGGCUCUCCCGCUAGCGGCUCCGGCUCCGCUCCUUCGGCUCCCGCUGUUGUCCCCUCCGGCGCCUCUGCCGAGACUGCCGGUGGUGCUCCCCCCGCCGCUGCCAGCAGCUCCGUCACUGUCAUCGCUGUGACCACCUGCGUUCCCACCGUCACCUACUCCACCGUCACUCUCGGUGCUGGUGCCACUGGCCUCCCUGGCAAGCCCGGCAGCGGCAAGCCCACCAAGUCCGCUGCUUUGAUCCCCAGCGGUGCUGCCGCCAUCGGCAGCGGCUACCCUAGCGGCAGCGCUACCCCCUCCCCCUCUGCUGCUCUCUACACCGGUGCUGCCAGUGCCAUCAACGGCAACUCCUUUGCCUUCGCUGGUGCCGCCGCCGCCGCCGCUCUUUUCCUUGCUUAGAUUCCCCCUUCUUGUCCAUAGUAGCCCCGGGUCCUUCAUGAGAGUCCGGCCGUCAACUACGGGCGGGGGAAACCCUAUAACCUAGGGCGCGUGUGUAUAAAUGAAGAGACCCUGUUGGCGGUUUGUGCUAUAUUUAGUGUCGAGGUUUUGCUUUCUGGGAGAGAAAUCCGAUUCGUUGCUUGAAAUAUUUCUUUGACCUAUCUAACUUUCUCUACAUGCUUCCUGGAACGCCUUGCGGGGUUCAGUGAAGCCUUUUUUGGUGGCUGGAUACGAUUAAUGUAACCCAUGAAAUUGCUUUCACAUACCCAAAUCGAAGCAGUAAUAGAUUACUUUACCAAUGCUAC